AUGGCUGCCCAGGGAGGCGGCCCAGCGCUGCCUCCGCUGAGCCUCCAGUUCCGCCUGGCCCUCGAACAGCAGCGAGGAAUAAAGAUGGAGACGCUGGACCCGGCUGAUGCCGACGCUCACGAGAUCCGGGUGGUGUGUGUCGGGGAGCCGCUGGGAUGGGAGGGCCCAGCACUGAUCAAGCAGGAACUGCAGGACGUGGCUUGGGAAGCCCCAGGGAGGCAGGAGCUGGUGGAAGCUGCACAGCCACUCGGUGUGGGACAGGGGGACCUGCUGCCGCCGUGGGACGAGGGCAAGAAUUUCCCAGCCGGCACCGUUAGCAAAUGGCUGACGGUGGAGUGGGGGACUCCACAGAAGCCUGUGGCCAUGGCGGAGAACCAGCCAGCCCCCAGCGAGUCAGACCAUGUCGGAGCAUGGCAGGGCCGUGAAGAGGAGGAAGAGGAGGCACUGUGUCUGAGGGAAGCACUCGGAGCGGAGGCCCAGCGGCGGCAGUUCCGCUGCUUCUGCUACCCGGAGGCCGGGGGCUUGCGCGAAGUCUACGGCCACCUGCGGGAGCUGUGCCACCGGUGGCUGAAGCCGGAGAGCCACAAUGAUUUGGAUUCCCAUCAGCCCCAGCAGGACACGGGCCCCUUUGUGGAGGUGCUGCUGGAUUCUCCCGAGGGGGAGCAGGUUCCCUCAGCUGCCGGGCAAAGGACCCUGCUCAAGGAGAGGGCGCAGGAGAGCAGCAAAGACACGGGAUCACUGGGUGGUGCUGCGAAUAUGGAAGAGGAUGGGCCGCUGCAAAGUUCGGAGCAGGCAGAGUCGUGCGGGAUAUUCUCCGGGGAAUCCCAAGGAUGUCUUGUGCUCAGAUGCGAAAGCUUUGAGGAAGGCGGCGGGUGGAAGAGCCCGGAGGGGCAGCUUCCAGUGAGGCCAUGGGCUGAACCCGCAGUGCGCAUGGCCGUUUCAGAAGCGGCACCCCACAGGCAGGCCAUCCGUCACCUGUGCCCCGAAUGUGGCCGGAAUUUCCAGCACAAAUCGACGCUGAUUCGUCACCAGAAGAUGCACACGGGGGAGAAGCCCCACAUGUGCCUGGAAUGUGGGAAGACGUUCCGCCGGAGGGACAAGCUGAUCCGACAUCAGAGGAUCCACACGGGGCAGAAACCCCACGCCUGCCCCGAGUGCGGGAAGAGCUUCCGCGAGAAAGGGAAGCUCACCAACCACCAGAGGAUCCACACGGGCGAGAAGCCGUACGCGUGCCCCGUCUGCGGGAGGACCUACCGGUGGAAGGAGGAGUUCGUGCAGCACCUGAGGCUCCACACGGGGGAGCAGCCGUACGGCUGCAUCCACUGUGGGAAGGCCUUCGUCAGCAAAGCCCACCUGGUCUCCCAUCAGUGGAUGCACACGGGCCAGAAGCCCCACGAGUGUCCGGAGUGCCGGAGGCGGUUCUGCAGCAAGCAGAGCCUCGCCAAGCACCAGCGCAGCCACGGCGGCGAGCGAUCCUAUGAGUGCCAGGACUGCGGGAGGGUCUUCCAUUACAUUUCGAACUUUACCAAACACCAGCGCGCCCACGUGAGGAAGAGUCCUAUUGGAGAAUGGCUAAAUAUAGAAUUGUCCAAAUUGCAGAAGAACCCCUACAGAACAGACAUAACGUUCCAGCCGGAGCAGUGCACGAAAUCUCAGAUGCUGGACCUGGUGAUCCUGGAGCGGUUCCUGGCUGCCCUUCCACUGGAGAUUGCAAGCUGGAUCAAAGAGUGUGGAGCAGAGACUAGUUCCCAGGCAGUGGCCCUGGCAGAAGGUUUCCUGCUGAGUCAAGGGGAAGCCAAAGAGGAGGAGAAGGGACUGUCUGUCCUGGAUGCAGCUGCGACGCUUGCUGGGGCAAAGGAAGGGGCUGCGUCAGACGAGCGGCAGAGGCCGGUGAUUCUCCAGGUCACAGAGGACGGCAGCCGAGGCUUUGCCCCCUUGCGAGACAUGUGGGAGCCCGAGAAGGAAGUGAGAGCAGGGAGAAUGCCUACCAGAAGAGAUGAGGGCCAAGAAGUUGCCCAGAAGGCAAAGAAAGAGUGUGGACCGAAAAGGCAGCAAGAAAGGAGAACAAAAGCAAAAGAGAAGCGAAGGAAUAACUCUGUUGCUCCUAGUCAAGAUGCGAAUGUUUGUGAAAUUCCAGUUCUGCAGAGAAGUAAACAGGGCUCCAAGUGUGGGAAAAGCUUCAGCACAUGUCUUAAGAGACAUCCGAGGACUCAUGGAGUUGGGAAAACCUAUAAAUGCUCAGAGUGCACCCGGAGCUUUUGUUAUCAGUCCAACCUUGUUAAACAUAAAAGAACACACACAAGGCAGCGACCCUAUAAGUGCUCGAAGUGUGGACUGUGCUUCCACCAGAGCGACUUACUGGUCUUGCACCAGAUAAUUCACACGGGGCAGAAACCGUGUCAGUGCACAGAGUGUGGAAGGGGCUUCAGCCAAAGCUGCAACCUUCAAGCUCAUGAGAGAACCCACACCGGAGAGAAACCGUAUAAGUGCUCAGUCUGCGGAAAGGGCUUCAGCACCAGAGCUUACCUAAUCACCCAUGAGCGGAUCCACACAGGUGAGAAGCCCUACCAGUGCUCAGACUGUGGGAAGAGCUUCUGUGACAACUCCAACUUAAUUGUACACAAGAGGACCCACACGGGGGAGAGGCCGUACAAGUGCACUGACUGCGGGAAGAGUUUCCGAGAGCGGCCAGUCCUCAUCAGACAUCAGAGAAUCCACACAGGGGAAAAGCCAUACAAAUGCAGAGACUGUGGGAAGAGCUUCAGCCAGAGCUCAGGCCUCUUGGUACAUGAACGGACCCACACACGGGAGAAGCCAUAUACUUGCACAGACUGUGGGAAAAGUUUCGGUGGCAAUUCGAACCUGAGGGUUCACAUGAGAAUCCACACAGGGGAGAAACCAUACAGAUGCUCAGACUGUGGGAAAAUUUUCAGUGACAGAUCGCUUCUUAUUAGACACCAGAGCACCCACCGGGAAGGAAACUCUGCCCCGAUUAGCCCGACAAGCAAAAUGGCCACCAAGCGAGGAGAUGCAGCGACCCCACCUCUCCACUCGCUGCCGGAGCAGGGGGCAAGCAUUAAAAAGGAGGAACGGGAACUGGGGGGCUUUCAGCUGAGCAGGGCUGCCGAGAAGGGCCCAGGCCUCCUUCAGGCUGAACAUCCAAGAGACUUUCCAGGGGAAAAUGAAGACAAUCUCCUGCAAGAAGCUGGUGGCAGCUCCGAUGCACAGGGCCAACCCUUCUGGCAGCGUUAUUGCCGCCAAGCCAAGUGGCCCCGCGAGAUCUGCAGCCAGCUCUGGGCCCGUUGCUCUUGGUGGCUGAAGCCGGAGAGGCACAGCAAGGAGCAGAUCCUGGAGCUGGUGACCCUGGAGGAGUUCUUGGCUGUCCUGCCCCCGGAGAUGCAGAGCUGGGUCAGGGCUGUUGGGCCGGGGACUUGCUCCGAGGCCGUGGCCCUGGCAGAGGACUUCCUGCUGAGGCAGCAGUGGGAGGAUGUGGGGCAAGAAGAAAAGGUUCCACUGGGACUGAAGGAGGAAACGGCUGACUUCCCCGAGGCAGAGAGGGCUCCACCGGGGACCCGGCAGAGGCAGCUUUCAAGGGAUAUCAAGCAAGAGGACAACAGAGAGAACACCUCACUGGGCAGUGUGAUGGGAGCCUGGACAACCGCUGCAGGCAUGGAGGCAACUCCUGGUCAAGGGCUGGUGACCUUCGAAGAGGUGGCAGUGUAUUUCUCCAAAGGAGAGUGGAAUCUGCUGGAUGGCGGACAAAAGGCCCUGUACAAGGAAGUGAUGUUGGAGAAUUACGGGCAUGUGGUCUCCCUGGCAGGACUUCUGAUUCUCAAACCCAACCUCAUUUCCUGGCUGGAAGAAGAAGCAGCAGAAGGAGAAAAGGAAACAGAGACAGAAGGAGAACACCUGUUUGUCUGGGACUCAGAAAAAGAUGAGAAUUCAACAGGCUUUUUGGGUGAGGAGAACGAGUGUAGCAAGGAGAAAGAGCAGCCAGAAAGCUCGACGGAGGACAUGCUGAUGGGAAGAGCCGUAGUCGGAGGUGAUUUAGAAGAAAACUCCAAAGGGUUCUUAGAGCAUCACCCUGCUAAAAAUCCCAUCCAGUUCAUUAAUUCCUCAGGGGGAUACAGUGAUCCUGAUGAAUACUUUGCCAAGCAGAGCAUCUUCAAGGCAGAAGACGAGGGAGAGUUUGGCCGUGUGAAAGCUUUCCGGUGGGGGCCCGAUCUUGUGGCCAGCCCUGCGAAGCUGCCAGGGGAGAAGCUGCACCUGUGCUUGGUGUGUGGGAAAUGCGUGUCCACCAAAGCGAAACUGGUGAUCCACGAGAGGACCCACACGGGGGAGAAGCCGUUCGCCUGCUCGGCCUGCGGGAAGCGCUUCAGCCAGCAGGCCCACCUGAACGGCCACCAGAGGACACACACGGGGGAGAAGCCCUUCCGGUGCCUGGAGUGCGGGAAACGCUUCAGCGACGGCACCUCCUUCAAGAGGCACCAGAGGAUCCACACGGGGGAGAAACCCUACGAGUGCGCGGACUGCGGGCGCUGCUUCCGGGACCGGACAGCCAUCAAGAGGCACGUGAUCGCCCACAUGGGCAAGAAGCCCCACAAGUGCGAGGACUGUGGGAAGUGCUUCUUGCACCGCUCCGAGCUCCUGAAGCACGAGCCGAGGCACCCGAGAGAGAAGCCCUACCGGUGUUCGGUCUGCGCACAGAGUUUCAGCAAGCCGCAGUACCUCUUCAGCCACGGGAUCGCCCACGUGCGGGAGCGCCGUGAGCACCGGCAGCACAAGGCGGGCCUCCCGUGCGGGACGCCGGCAGGGGCGCUCGAGGGGGUUCACGGGACGGAGGGCGGCCAGGGCACCGUGGCGAGGUGCGCCUUGGCGCGGGCAGAAGGGGGAAAGGCGUUCCGGUGUUCGGAGUGUGGGAAGUCGUUCACGCAGCAGGCAAACCUGGUGGUCCACUGGAGGACCCACACGGGCGAGAAGCCCUACCAGUGCGCCGAGUGCGGGAAGAGCUUUGGCGACCGCACCUCCCUGCGUAGGCAUAAGAGGAUCCACACGGGAGAGAAGCCCUACCAGUGCGUGGACUGUGGGAAGCGCUUCAAUGACGGCACGUCCUUCAAGCGGCACAAGACGACCCACACGGGCGAGAAGCCCCAUAAGUGCAAGCGCUGCGGGAAGAACUUUAUGUAUCACGUACAGCUGAUUAAGCAUGAGAGAACCCAUGUGGGGGACAACCUGUAGAAAUGUGCCAACUGCGGUGGGCCGGCUCCACAGGCAGUCCUGCUACUUCCUGGAAAAAAGGACACCUGGGGUGGAAACCAGGAACAGGGCUGACACAGCGGAAGAAUCUCGGAAUUUUGUACUGGGUGCGGAAGCCGCAGAAGAGGGGUGCGGAAGCUGAAGUUCAUGGAACAGAUCUGGCCCUACAGGGGUCCCUGGGCUUGUCCAGGUAUCCCCCUCCCCUCUUUUUGUGCCUACCCGUCAUUUGGUGGCGUCCUGGAAUGUGUGCAGCCUGCAUCUCCCACUCUGAAAGAUUGCGAUGCUUCCUCUAAGGAUGAGAUGCUGAUAAAAACAGUGUUGAAGCGAACAGAUGCUGUAAUUUUGGCUCUGCCUGAUUCUCCCUUAGCCUUGCUCACGGCCAGCACGCAGCUUCUUCCAGCUUUCGGGCCGGAAGAGGUUCCCUGUGCCUGUCAUAGAAAGAUGAAUCCUCCAUGGAUUUGUCUCAUGGUGCUUUGGAAAGCCUCAGCUGCCACUGCUGUUGUCACCGCUGCUGCUUAUGGCGAGGAGUUCCGCAGCUGGAGGACGCAUGCAACGAAGAAGUCCCGUUCUUGUCCAACUUUAAUUCACUGCUUGUUGGUUUGCUUGCAUGACCUGGAGUUUGAGUUUUAAGGGGGAGAAGAAAAAAAUCUUUGUCUAUUUUCUCCAUACCAUGCUUAAUAAAUUCUCUACUCUGUCUUGA